CCCAACAGCCCGCUUUCCCCCCGCCCCUUGCCUCCCCUUUACCCCCUGCCGGCAGCUCCGUGGCCGACUCUGUCCCGGGGCCGGCGAAGCGGGCGCGCGCGUCGGGGGUCGCGCGGCUGCUGGGAAGGGCGAGCGCGCUCCAGGAGGGAGUGGAGGCGUAGGGGGCGGGGGUACGGCUCGCUUGCUCGCAAGAUGGCGGACGAGGACGGGGACGGGAUUCACCCCUCAGCCCCUCACAGGAACGGAGGUGGCGGCGGCAGUGGGGGGUCUGGGUUCUACUGCGCCGGGAACGGCGGCGGAGUAGGCGGCGGCCCGCGGGUCGUGCGCAUCGUCAAGUCCGAGUCCGGCUACGGCUUCAACGUGCGGGGCCAAGUGAGCGAGGGCGGGCAACUGCGGAGCAUCAACGGGGAGCUGUACGCGCCGCUGCAGCAUGUGAGCGCCGUGCUGCCCGGGGGGGCGGCCGAUCGCGCCGGGGUGCGCAAGGGGGACCGCAUCCUGGAGGUGAACGGCGUGAAUGUUGAGGGGGCGACACACAAGCAGGUGGUGGACCUGAUCCGAGCAGGCGAGAAGGAAUUGAUCUUGACAGUGUUAUCUGUACCUCCUCAUGAGGCAGAUAACCUAGAUCCCAGUGACGACUCGUUGGGACAAUCAUUUUAUGAUUACACAGAAAAGCAAGCAGUGCCCAUAUCGGUCCCCACAUACAAACAUGUGGAGCAGAAUGGUGAGAAGUUUGUGGUAUACAAUGUUUACAUGGCAGGGAGGCAGCUAUGUUCUAAGCGGUACCGGGAGUUUGCUAUCUUACACCAGAACCUGAAGAGAGAAUUUGCCAACUUUACAUUUCCCCGUCUUCCAGGAAAGUGGCCCUUCUCAUUAUCAGAACAACAAUUAGAUACCCGACGUCGGGGUUUGGAAGAAUAUCUAGAAAAAGUGUGUUCAAUACGAGUCAUUGGUGAGAGUGAUAUCAUGCAGGAAUUCCUGUCAGAAUCAGACGAGAACUAUAACGGUGUGUCCGAUGUAGAGCUGAGAGUAGCAUUACCAGAUGGAACAACAGUUACAGUCAGGGUUAAAAAGAAUAGUACUACAGACCAAGUAUAUCAGGCAAUUGCAGCAAAGGUUGGCAUGGACAGUACGACCGUGAAUUACUUUGCCUUAUUUGAAGUGAUCAAUCAUUCCUUUGUACGCAAGCUGGCCCCUAAUGAAUUUCCUCAUAAACUCUACGUUCAGAAUUAUACAUCAGCUGUGCCAGGCACCUGUUUGACCAUUCGAAAGUGGCUUUUUACAACAGAAGAAGAAAUCCUCUUAAAUGACAAUGACCUUGCUGUUACCUAUUUCUUUCAUCAGGCUGUCGAUGAUGUGAAGAAAGGUUACAUCAAAGCAGAGGAAAAGUCCUACCAAUUACAGAAGCUAUAUGAACAAAGGAAAAUGGUCAUGUACCUCAACAUGCUAAGGACUUGUGAGGGCUACAAUGAAAUCAUCUUCCCCCACUGUGCCUGUGACUCCAGGAGAAAGGGGCACGUCAUCACAGCCAUCAGCAUCACGCACUUUAAACUCCACGCCUGCACCGAGGAGGGACAGCUGGAGAACCAGGUAAUAGCAUUCGAAUGGGAUGAGAUGCAGCGGUGGGACACUGAUGAAGAAGGGAUGGCCUUCUGUUUUGAAUAUGCACGAGGAGAAAAGAAGCCCCGAUGGGUUAAAAUCUUCACACCAUAUUUCAAUUACAUGCAUGAGUGCUUCGAGAGGGUGUUCUGCGAGCUCAAGUGGAGAAAAGAGGAAUAUUAGUUAGAGACUGAUUAUCUCAUGUGAGCCAGGACAUUCUUCCAGCGAGGUUGGCCUCUGGAUGGUGAAUGGGCCGUGCAAAAAAGCCCUGCUUCUCCCCUUGCUUAGAGGGUGGACAUUGGCUACAGGCUCUUCCAUCUCUCAUGACUUCAUGGACCCUCCUCUGCCAGUUUUAAAAAUCAAAUCACCUUCCAUGUUGUUCCUGACCCAGAAGGGCAGCUGUCCUCAGUUCUAGUCAUCUGACUGGAUGAGUCACAACAGAGUCUUUCUAGGCUAACCAAGCAUGUGUAUGUGGAGGAAGGUUUUGCUACUGCUUUACUCUGCUGUGUGUAUGUGCCAGUGCUGGAGCACAAUCUGGAAGAUUCUGAAUAAUUAGCUGUUUAUUCUCGAAGACAAUCUUUCAGAAGAUGAGGCGGUCAGGUCAGGAACAUGAAAAUUUAUGUUCUCAGUGUAGUAGGAGGGAUGUUGGCUCUGGGAAUUUUAUCUGGGUUUUCUCCUGGCUUUUUUUCUCUGUGUAAUUUUGGGUAAACCAGCCUCCCUGGACCCCAGUUUUCUCUUCUGUAAAACAGGAAGACUGAACCAGAUAAUUAGUAUCCAAGGUCCCUUCCAGCUCUAAAAGGCUGUGAUUCUAGAUGGUAAGUUAAGUCAGGGGACAAGGCCUCUCGGAUUGAGUCAUCCAGCCUCCAGUCAUACCUGCUUAGUUUCUUUUUGAGGAGUUGUUUCCAGCUGGUAGGAGAUGUGGCUUCCCAAUAACUCUUUUCUUUUUUUCCUUUCAGAACAUAUUCCAGAUGGCGAGGUCACAGCAGAGGGAUGUGGCCACCUAGCCUUUCCUUAUCCCUUUCCCUUUCCCUUCUCUUCGCCCUCAUCCCCUUACCCCCUUCAUCUCCCAUGUCAGACAGAGUAAUCAUUAACACAAAAGAAGAGAAAAAGGAAAAAAGUCAUUAUGUCCAAAAGCCCUAAACUAAAUCUUAUUAAUAACCGCCCCUGAAUUUCAUGUCUCUGGAAUUGAGCUGGUAGAGAACAGAUUGGUCAGCACCAGAAGUCAACUAAGUUAAGACAGGAAAGAAAUAAGCCCAACCAACUUGCCAAAGGUAUCUUUGUUCUUUCACCUGGGCCUCAUACCAACAGACUCUCCUUGUACUAUAUUUUUAAAACUGGAACUAUGAACUUCAUCCAUUUGCACUGUUCGGACAUAUAUAUGUAUGUAUGUAAAAAAUUAUAUAUAUACAAAUUAGCUGCACGUAUAUACAUAUAUAUAUUUCUUUUUAAAUUUCAUAAUGAUGGCAGUACCUUUUUUAGCUUGUGUUUUUACACACCUUUCAUUAGAAUUCAUGACCUCUCUCUCUUGCUCUCUUUAUUUUGAAACAAACUUUAAAAAGGAAAAAAAAAAAUUUUAUAGGGAAAAUACCUCUCCUCAUGAAGGACUCGAAAAGUUUACAACCUGCUUGGGUUUUUCCCCCCUUUUUUGUAUUGAGUACAGAUUCUGGCUCAUGGGUUGCCAUAGAGUCUGAGGAGCAAGAAGUAUAGUUUCUUUAUCAUCCAACAGGGUGCUGGGGAGGAGAAAGAGGUGUGUUUCUCGAGGUUCUCGAGGUUUCUCGAGGUAGCAAGGCUGCGGUUCUGCACGGAGAGCCUAAAGAUUUGGUGUGGUCUCUUGAUUCCAAGAUAAUUUUUCUGGUCUGUCUCUGUCUCCUACGCAUGGCUUUCUGGCCACAUUCUGCAUCUCCUUCCUGCUUCCCUAGGCCCUUGUAUGCUUUCCCUCAAUUGGCCCUGGUGGAGUUGAGGUUGGACUCAGGAGGUUGAUGCCACAGGAACCUGAAACACUUCAUGGUAGUAAUUUCUCAUUUCCCUGCCUUUUCUGCAGCAGGGAUGGUACUAGGGACCAGAGAUAAAGCUGAUACCUUAGGCACAAAAGUUGGACUUACGUAGGGGAAAGAAAGAGCAAUGCCCUGUGUACAUAAGGUUUUACCUUCUCCAUUCCUGACCCAUAACCACCCAUAACUGUUACAUUCUCUGCACCUGCCUCAGACAGCAGUGUUGGGGGGGGAUCUGAUAAUAUCUUCAAGGGUUUGGGGAAACUUGGAAUGGGUCAGUGGUCUGUGCCAACCAAACCAUAGCCCCAUCCAAGCCAGCUGAGGACCGAGGAAGGAGUAGUAGGAAUAUGGUUGAUUUAGGUUGAUCUCCAACUUUUAAUUAAAAGACUGAAGGAAAACCUUUUUGUCCCUCACAGAGCGCUUCAUCUGACCUUGCAGUUAGACCCUUUGAGACCUAAGAGCUGCGUCCCAGGAUCAGAGGCCAGGGCUGGCUGGGGUAGCUCCUGGGCUCUGCAGAGAGUGCACAGGAGCACCACGUCAGGCUCAGGUGCAACUGAAACACAUCUUUGAGCCUUUUCUUUUUCCCUUCUUCACCUUCUAAACAAAAACUUCCGUAGGGAGGGAUCUUUUGCUUUGUUUAACAGGGUGGUGUUCAUAAUUGGUUGUAGUCAACCCCCCCCUGAGCAGUGUUGGGGCAGUUCAGUUUCUUUUUUGUAACUUGUUUUUGCAGAUCAUUGUGAAGCCACUUUUCUUUCUUUCUCACUCUGUUAUCCUGGCAGCCGCUUGCCCCCCAGGAAGGUGUGGAAUCAUGUAAGACAUCCUGUCCUCCCUCCCCGUCUCCAAACCCAGGUGGCAUCACAGAGUGUAACACAUAAGAAUGCUCAAUGUUUAAAGUUGCAGAAAGUGAUCCCUAAUUUGAAGGCUUUGACACAGGAUUAACUCCUUUUUUGGGGGGAGGGGGUUUAAGUGAAUUAAAUAAUGAGCCAAAGGACUCUGAAAAGAAGAUACAUUGAUUGCCCACUUUAAGAUGCUAAAGAAGAUUUUGGCGCCAACUUAGCUCAAACUGUAAAAAUAGCAAUUUGCCCCUGUUCCCUGAUAGUGGGAAAGGAAUAAACAAAUCUGGGAGUCCACACGACAGCCCAAAUGCUGACCUCCAGAUAUGAGACAUAGGGAUUUGGAGGUCCCUUAGAGUGGGUAGAUAGUGCUGUGUUCCUUUUCUGGCAUAGCAUUCACUUGGUGCUUUGGAGAUUAGGUGAGGGGCCCCAUAGGUAGUUGGCCUGUUGGCAGAAUCUGUUAUGGAAGGGCCCCUACCUGAGGCUGUCCCAUAACAAAGCACCCAGCUGCACCAAGGAGAUGGGAAGGAGGGCGACCCUAAAGGACAGCGCCUUCUCCUCUUCUACCCACAACAGUCCUCCAGUGAUGGAGGCAGAGGUCACUGUGGCUGUGGAGGUCCAUAGGAUCAAAGCCCUUCUUUGCAUGAAGCAGUGUUAGGUGUGACUUUUCUCUCCCCUCUGCCCCCUUCCUCUACACUUCCUUUCUCUAAUCCCUACUACUACUUUAGUCCUGGCUUCUGCCCAGGGAGGCUUUUACCCAGUCUUCUUUUGCAAUUUGUCUCUGGGAAAGGGAGGCUCCCCCUACCCUCAGCUUCGCCCCAGCAAAGCCAGCAGGAUCUUCCUGGUCUCCCAUUGACCUCCCUCCACAUCUGGUUUCUAUCCUCUGGGACAAAAGCUCAGAGCUUUUUAUGGAUCAGGAGAAAAUGCAGGCCCUGAGAAAUCUGCCCCUGUGGAAAGGUUCCCUUGGGCCAUGCUUUGGGCUCUCUGCUUUUCAUAUUUUUAUUCUAUUCUCCAUUUUUCUUCCCUCCCCUUGCCCUAGGCCUAAGCACAGGUACAGAUAUGUAUGUGCUCAGGGCAGCUCCUAGGCCUGGACAGAGCUCUCAGGGAGGAAUUAGAUAAAUAUUCCAACAUCCUCAUGCCUGGCCCAUUUAGUUUCAUCCUUUAGUUACCCAGGCCAGUAGCUUUGAGUUAUCCCCUCUUAUAGCUCCAAACCCAAUGCUGGGACUGCCCACAAAAUAGGGCACUGACAGGAGGUGACACCUCUCUCUCUCUCCUCAGAAUUUGCCACCUUAUGGGUUGGGCUCAUAGGAGGCAGUGUUCUAAAAGGGGACUGUAUCCUAGUUGACCUGAAGUCUCCAGACCUGCAUGGACUAUUGUACCCUCCCUUCUCUCCAUCAUGCUGUCUGGCUGGAUGGAUUCAGCAGUAGCAACUGUUUGGUUUGUUGGACUCCAACAUUCUGCUAUUUCUUCACCAGCUUCAUUGUGUUACGUUAACUUCCCUUUGGAGGGAGGAUGACGUGGUUGAAUACUCAGAGAGGGAGGGAGAGUAGAGGCAGUGGGUUGCUUCGUUAGCUCCCCAUCUGCCAGGUCCACCUCUUGUCUUCCUCUUCCCCUAAACCUGAGCACAUCAUGCCAGGCCUUAUCCAUACCAGGACAGCAUUGGCUCACUCCUCAGCUAUAACGUAGGGCGUCCGGGAAGCUUAGGGCUCUGGGAAGGAACAGAAUCAAAGCGGGGAGUGAUAUGGGGUGGGGGCACUUGGCCAACUGCUCAACUUGGACACCAGUUUUAUAUCAUGCCCCUCUUUUAAGCCAGUGAGCUGGGCUUCAGUUUUUCCCAGGCCAUGCACACUUUUAAUUUAUUUGAGAGAAACUCUAAUUGUAUUUUCACUGCAGUAUCUUGUAUUUUUUAUUUGUGAUUUAAGAAAUGUGAAGAGAAAAUACACAGACACAUAAUGGCUAACAGUGUUUCUUUCAUUCCUUGUUCUAGAGCUAACCACUCUAAAAUUGUUUGGUAAUGUCACUUAGUGUAAUUAAUUGUAACAUAUUCUUUUAAAUAAAUUGAUUUAUUGAUGAAACA